AACCCCAACCCAACCCUGCUGAUGGAACCCCGCCAGCACAGCACAGGACCAGCUCACUCUACUAGGACAAGCCACUGAACUGCUGAUUCUCUCCGCCGUAUUUAAUACUUUCCACUUCCGUCGGUAGUUAGCUUCUGUUACACUCUAAGCGUCGCUCACUGCUCCUUAGGAGCGCGCGUCGCUGGAUGGUUGGCGAUCUGGCUGGGCGCGAGCUCCUGCGAGGGGUCCAGAGCACGUGGAUGCCGCGUGCCCGCGAGUUCGCCGCGCGAGUAGGCCGGGAUCCACUCGCGUGCCUGUCCUGGAGCCGCAUCGGCCCCGGUGCUCGAGUUUCGACCGUUAGGGGCGAGAUCUGCCGAAGCGUGGUCAGGGUUUCGCCGGUGGUCGCGGGAGGAUUUCUAGGUGACGGCAAGGUGACGCGGCACGGGGAGGGGAGACACUCGGCGGGUGGGUGAGAGCAUGGCGCGCGAGGGGGAGGCCGGGGUGCUGGUCGCAGAUCCGCGGAGCGGAGGUGGGCAGAGGGACGACGGGCUAAUGGAGCGACACGACGAUGGAUUCCGUGCUGACGUGGAGGACGCGGAUGAUGACGGUAUGAUGGAUCAUCUGAGCGAUCCGGGGGUUUAUUUCCAGCAGGAGACGGCGAACGAGUUGGCGCUGUCGCAGGCCAUGCGAUGGGGCAGCCCGGACGACGACGUCGCGAACAAGUCCAACUAUUCUCACACGACGCCCGUCAGCCCGACUGCGGGUGAUCUUGAUCGAGACGGGUCUCCAUCCAGGGAGCGCGGGGAGGCGGAAGCGGAGAUGGCGCGCGAGGAGGCGGAGAAGAGCGCCUUUUUGAGCGACGCGUCCGUGGAGAAUGUGGCGCUGUGGAGCCGCAGCCGCACGACCAUGGAGCACGACGACUACGACCGCUUGUUCGACGCGCACGGCGGCCUGCACCCCGGCGGCGACCGCGGUAAGAUGCGCGCAGAGGGGGACGAAGACGAGGGGGAAGAGGGGGAAGAUGGGGGAAAGUUUGGGGAGGGUGGAAACGAAGGGUUUGGUUAUCGGGAUGGGACGGGAGCAGACGGAUUCGACGCGGACGAAGACUACGAUAACGGUAACGAUAACGAGAAUGAUGACGUCAUGGGGUUCCAGUUCUGGCGCACGUCACUUCAGCAGGACGGCAGCGCGGACGGGCAGCACGCGGACGACGCGGAGUCGGCGCGAGUGGCGGAGUACGGCACGAUGUGGCACAACAUGACGGGGCACCUCGAGAACAUGAAGGACGACUGGGCGGAGGCGCAGGCCGUGGCGGAAGGGGAGGCGGGAGCGCGGACGAGGCGGAAGACGACGACGAUGCGCGGAGCCAGGCGUCCGCGCACUCCGACACGGCGCUGCUGCUGGACCACCUGCAGCUGGGGGUGUCGGGGCCGCUGUCCGUGCUGCCGUGGGACGAGGAGGCGGAGGAGGAAGCGGCGCAGGAGGCUGCGCGGGAUGCGCGGGAGGAGAUCCGCGCGGCACGGGCGGAAAUGUACUUCAGUCCAGAGGGGGAGGAAGCGGAAGGGCCUCGUGGGGGAGAGGAGCCGUUUUCUCUGGGCCCAUCCGCCGUCGAUGCCAGAGGCGCGGAUGGCCUUCCGCAGCGGGACGCUUCCGCCGCCCCCCCCCAAGCGGACAUUGGCGCGGGGAUUCUGCAGCCAGUGAAGGCGCAACUAGCGACCAGGCGGAGCGGACUGAGCCCCGCUCUGACCUGAUGCUUCCGCGCAUCCGCACCACGGGGGACCUUCUCCUCGCCUGCCCGCCCACAGGCGCGUCCUCCCCCGUCGGCGCAGAGGCAGUCGCCGCGGACGUGGGGGCGGCGGACGCGCAGUCCAUGCCGGAGCUGGGGGACGUGCAGCUCUCCGCAGCGGAAGGGAGCGCAAGCGCGGGAAUCGGCGCGGGGGAAGGCAUUGGCGGAGCGAUUUCCGCGGCGAAAGCGGCAGG